GUGACAACAGACGCCGUUACUCCGACGCGCUGUCCAGGUGUUCGGUGUAUGAUAUUGCAGAGCUCUGGACCGUUUUUGGAGCUUUAUCGGUAUAUCUGCAUGAAAUGGCCUAACGUGAUAUGCUUUGUCUCCGAGCCCGGCUGUCACUCGGACGUCUGAAAUGCCGUCUUUCCGCCCUAACUCCAUCACCUCUCAGAGAAUGAAGCGGGAACACCGUUAAUAUGAUGACUGACACGGGGAAGAGAAUUUGAGCUGUGUUGUGUUUAUACCUCGAGUGGGAAAAGCUAGCGGCUAGGCUAGCCAGCUAGUGAGACAGCUCAGACACCCGGCGGCGGCGGCUCGGAUAUCUGAUUUGUGCGGCCAUGGCUGGGCUCAUCAAGAAGCAGAUCCUGAAGCAUCUCUCCAGGUUUGCUAAGAACCUGUCACCAGACAAGAUCAACCUGAGCACGCUGAAGGGGGAGGGCCAGCUGACCAACCUGGAGCUGGAUGAGGAGGUUCUCCAGAGCCUGCUGGACCUGCCCACUUGGCUGGCUAUCAACCGUGUGUGUUGCAACAAGGCCGCCAUCAGGAUACCAUGGACAAAGUUGAAGACUCACCCAAUCUCUUUGACCCUGGAUAAAGUGGAGAUGGAGAUGAGUACCUGUGACGAGCCCCGUCCCCCCAAUGGACCGUCUCCCAUUGCAACAGCAUCAGGACAAAGUGAAUAUGGCUUUGCUGAAAAGGUAGUAGAGGGGAUGUCACUGUCCAUCAACUCCAUCGUCAUCAGGAUCAGUGCCAAGGCCUUUAACGCCUCCUUUGAGCUCUCCCAGCUGCAGGUCUACAGCGUCAACACCAGCUGGAGCAUCAGUGACCUGCGAUUCACCCGCAUCCAGGACCCUCAGAGGGGAGAGAUCCUGACUUUCAAGGAGAUCAGCUGGCAGAUGAUCCGUAUCGAGGCUGACGCCAUCCAGAGCGCUGAGCAUGAGAUGUUGAGCGCCCCCAUUCGCCUCAUCACCAACCAGUCCAAGAUCCGAGUCACUCUCAAGAGACGGAUUAAGGACUGUAACGUUGUGGCCUCCAAGCUGAUUCUGAUCCUGGACGACCUGCUCUGGGUGCUGACCGACUCCCAGCUCAAAGCCAUGGUGCAGUAUGCCAAGUCUCUCAGCGAGGCCAUGGAAAAGUCUGCACAGCAGAGGAAGAGCAUGGCCACAGAAGACCAGGAGUCAUCAGCGCCCCCCUCAGCCCAGCAGGUGCGUACCCAGCAGGCGUCCACAGCAGCUGACCAAAGUGCAACCAUGGCCAAGCUGUUCAGCGCCUACGACGUUUGUGAGACGUCCCACCACCUCCAGAUCACACACCUCGAUCUGCACAUCUGUGACGACAUCCACGCUAAGGACAAAGUGAUCAAUAAGAGGAUAACGGGUGGAGCCAUGCAGCUUUCCUUCAGCUCCAUCACUCUGGACUACUACCCUUUACACAGAGCAGGUGACAGUUGUGCCCACUGGAUGCACUACAGCGAGGCCACCAAGACCAGAGAGGGCUGGGCACGGAGUCUGCUCGAUGAGUUCUCAUCCAACGUGGAUAUGUUAAAGACUGCAGUUCGAGACAAGCAAGGCCCGGCCCCUGCACACAGUUCCCCACAACACGUGUCCCUUAGGGAUGAUGUGUAUGGGCCUCUAGGAAGUCAGGAGAGAGCAGGAGGAGAAGUAGGGCUUAGAGAGGCAGAAGGAGGACUCCUAGAGUGGAGAUCACACACACAGCCUCCGGCCCAGUGCUGUUGGUGCCUAGAGCCAGGUAAGAUAAACACCUCUUCCAGCGCUUCUUUCAGUCCUCCUCCCACUCAAAGCCCCAAGACCCAGCUCAUGUCCAGCUCUGUUGUUCUCAGGAUGGCUGACUUUAGCAUCUACCAGGUGUCAACAGCAGACCAGCGUCGCUCCAGCCCCAAGACCAUGAUCUCCUGCAAUAAGAAGUCCUUGUACCUGCCCCCAGAGAUGCCAGCCAUUCAUGUCGAGUUCACAGAGUACUACUUCCCUGAUGGAAAAGAUUACCCCAUCCCGUGUCCUAAUCUGUACAUCCAGCUGAACGCCCUGCAGCUGGUUCUGGAUCCUCGCAGCCUGGUGUGGAUCAACCUUUUCACCCUCGACCUCAGGCAGAGUCUGGAGCAGUUCAUGGAGAUCUACAAGCUCAGCGACUCGCAGAAACCCGAAGAGCAUGUUGACAUCAAAGUUGACGGCCUGAUGCUCAAGCUGGUGAUUCCCACCGAUUGGGACUCCUCCUGUCCCGCUGAUCUGCCUCGCUCCAUCUCAGUGCAGACCUCAGAAAUGGUGGCUACAAACACCCGGCACCCAGCUAACUGCACCCGCUCCCACCUUGAGGCCCUGCUGCAGGCCUUUGAAGAGGAACCCUUCUUCUCCCCCUCUUUCUCCUCAUUCCCUCGCUCCUCCUCCUCCUUACCCCUCCUCCAUCCCGUCUUCCAGCGCCAUGCUCACGAACAAGACACCAAGCUCCAUGACAUCUAUCGGGGCCUGGUGGUGCCGACGAUGGGCACAGACACCCUCAAGAUGCCGGCCGCCACUGACUUUUGGGCGUUGCACUUUGCUCAGUUCUGGGUGGACUAUGAAGGCACCCGUGGAGGCAAGGGGAGGCCGCAGCCCUUUGUGGACUCCUUUCCUCUCACCGUGUGGGCGUGUCAGCCUGCGAAGAUUGUCCAGCACCAGGAGAGGCUCAGAUGUGCUGCUGGAUCAAGUUUGUCCAGGAGCACAUCUGGAGAGGCUGUUGCACGUCUGCAGAGGAAACGAUUACUAAAGGAGUAUUACAGUACUGAUGGUGCUCUGACAUCAUCUCACAGCAACGAUGCAACACUGCCACCCAGUAAUGGACUCCAUAAACCUCUCUCAUUGGACAGUCUGCCUUCUUCCUCCUCUUGUUUGUCAUCAUCAAGGAAAGAUGGAGAUGUGCAUGUAUUGGUGCACGUGCAGAAGCAUUUAAGUGCUCAGGUGAGCCACCGGCAGUAUGUGUUUCUAAUGCAUCUUCAGCGCAGCAUCAAAGCCCUGCAGCAGACACUACAGCAGGACCUGGAGGAGAUGGGCUCCAAGAAAGACCGCAAAGAUCCUUCUCAGCAUCCUGCAGACCACCAGCCCUUCACUGUCUGCCUGGGCCUCCUGCUGAAAAGUGCAGAGGUGUCCCUGCUCCUGAAACCUGUCCCCCAGCCUGAGGGUUCAGGAUCUCCUCUGGGGUCCGAGCUCUCCCCCUCAGAGAGCCGAGGAACUCUGGAGCCUGGGAGCGAUGCAGGAGAGGGGAUGGAGAAGGGGAAUGAAGGAGGUGGAUUUGGGUCUGAAGGGAGUGCAUCCAAAGGGGCAUGCACUGUAGACCAGCUGUUAUGUGGUGAAGGCUCGGAGGGUGGAGCCACACAUGGUCCUGCCCCUCUCGUCCCCACUUCAACUACACGUCCUGACUCACAUCCCAAAGUCUCACUAGAGGAGAGGACUUCGGCUAAGAACUCUGGGAAGUGGAGUUCAGAUGAAGGGAGUGAGGUGGCAAUGGAUGGGUUGGCUGGGGGUGAAGAAGUGGGAGCUGGACUAGACUCUAAAAUCCAGACGAGUGACCCCCUGUCUGACCCACCCAGCAGCAAAGACUGGAGCAACAAAGACAUGGCUGCAGCCGCCAAGAUGCCUCAGUCAGUAUCCAGGAAAGGAAGUUUGUCUGUGGUUUCUGAUCUCCUCAGCUCCUCAAACUCCAGCAGAUCCACCUCCCUUUAUUCCAUGUCCAACAUUGGUCGUUUGAUGCGGGACCGCUCCCAGUCCAGUUUCUCAGUGUCCUAUAAGAACAUGAAGAAGAGCCCGUCCCUGCAGUCGCUGGACAACAUCUCCAUAGACAGCUACUCGAUGGAGGACGGAGACAAUUACAGUCUGCUGGAGAGAGAUGACGUGUCCAUCUCAGGCUUCAAGGAUGCCAUCAGCGAACAGAGUGCCACAGAGAACGCUACGGAGGCAGUGAUUGGUCAGGAGCAAGAGGGAGGCGUGUCCCCCGACAGUGUCAGUGCCACCUCCCAGAGCACCGACGAUCCCACCAAAGAUACAGUAUCGGUGCUGGUGUUGAAGGUGCAGUCGGUGUGUGUGGGCAUGGAGGCGGUGGGCGAGAGCACGGCCGUGGCUCUGGAGGUGGGCCAGGUCACACCCAGCCAGCUGGGCAACGUCAGCCUCAGACAGUACCUCAGCAACCGCAGCCUGGGUAUGGUGUGUUCAGUACCAAUACCUGCUCAAAGCAGCCAAGCUGGUGGUGAGAUCAGCUCUGCGUCCUUCAGGGGCCUCCACAGGGCAGAGGUGCGGGCUCGCCUUGAGAGCGGACCCUGCGCUGCCGCUCACUCCCCGCUGGCUGAGCGCAACGGCUUCCUGCAGCUGCGUCUCCACGGAUACCAAGCAAGCUUCUUGAUGUCCACACUGCGUAACCUGGCCCACUUCCUGGAGGACGACUCUGCGCCGCAGGUGCUGCCCAUGGAGAUUAGCAUCAGGGACACACACAUCAACUUAAAGGACGACGGUCCCCGUGACAAUCCCUCCGAGUCCUCACCGAUCACCCUACAUGUGGACAGUCUCAUCAUAAUCAGAAGAGACGACGGCUCCUUCUCUAUAGGAGUGGACGCAGCAGCGGAGAGCAAACCCAGGAAAGAGGGCGCGUUGAUUGACAGCUCUCUGAGUCCGGUCCCUGAGGUUGUGGGCGGCGUCUGCUGUGUACCAAAGGCUACACAGACCCAAGCCCCACCCACCAUCACCCCUCCAUCUACAAAAGAAAAGAUGCUGGUGGAGGAAAACGAAUGUUUGAAAAUGGAGCUGUCCCGAGCCAAGAUGGCGCUGGCUGAGGCUCAGAUGGAGAAGGACUCGCUGCUGCACCGCAUGAAGAACCUCAAAGUUAGCACCAGCUAGACCCGGCUCUCUCUUCACCCCCAGUCAGCCAGUCAUUCAGCCCCCACUGGUCUGCAGUCAUAAGGACUGACGCUGAAGGGCAGGGGUCAGCAAAAUAAUUAAAGGCAACAGCAACAAGUAAAGAAAAAUGGGGAUUUCUUGACUAAAACGGCUCCCUUUGUGCGCUUAUUUGUUGAGUGAGCCACCAUGUGACUUUAGACUUCAAAAUAAUUCCUUCAUAAAGCAAUGCAGAGUCUGUGUGAAGACUCAAAAAUCCACCUUUUUACACGCUUGUCGUCUGUUUUAUGUUUUCCACUUCGGACUGUGGAUGAUGCACUUGGAGAGAGUUGAAAAGUGUGUCUUUGUGUUGGUGUGUGUGUGUGUAUGUGUGUGUGUGAAAGAAAGAGGAUGAGGAUCUAUAUCCAUGGUUGUGCCUACAGAAAACCCUUUCAACACUAUUCCUGUUGUGCAAGUUAAAACAGAAAAACAAACACAGCUAGUAGACGAGCUUCAUUCAAUCCUGUAGGUAUGAAGGAAAACUGAAUGUUGUAUCUUCAGAGGAAUGUCUCAAAAAAUGACUUAUUUUGCACUGUACUAAAAUUAAACUUGUAAUUUAGUGCUUUCAUAUUCGGAGGGGACGAGACAAAUCAUUCUCUAACUUGUCCUCAGAGUGUGUACAGUGUAUAUUGUAUAAGAAUGUGAACACAUAACUAUUUUCGUCAGAACUUUGAAUGUUUAUGCAGUGUUUCAGUUGAAUGUGUGUGUGUGUUUGUCUCAGCCAGAACAAGCAUUUCAUUACAAGUAGAGGAUAAAUUUAUAUCUGUCAGUUCCACGGCUUUGUCAGCGAAAUGCCCCACAAUAAUGUCCGCACCCCCCUUCCCCCUCCUAUUUUUCUAUGUGUAAAUAACUACUUAACAUGUGCAGCACUUUUAAAACUGAGGCACUGUAAAUACAACAACCAGAACUGUGAGAGAACAAGAGUUAAGCCGACGAGUGGAGAGAGUAAUUUAUAGAAGUGACUCGUGUGUGCUCCCCUCUAAAAAAAAAAAAAAAAAAAAAAAAAAAGAGGAGGAAAAUAAAGGCACAUUGAAGCUGCCUGACUACAUAUAUAUGUGUGUGUCUUUAUGUACAUUUCAUGGACAAGCAUUGCCCAUACCUGCUGCUGUUACAUGCUUCAUGCCCGUGUGACGACUUCAGGGGAAACCCCUGAGCAGAUGUUAAAAAUGACUCAAAUCGACUGAUUUUUCUAACAGCACAUGCUUUGGCACAGCACAAAAGACUAAAAGGACAGUUUGAGGUCUCAAAACUUUGCUCUCACAGUUAACGAUUAACAGUGGAUUCAGUACAUCCAUCAGUCUACAUAUGCAACUGUCAUAACGUGUUCUUCAGCUCGGCCCAGUUCAUUUCAGUUUCUGUUUUAAAAAAAAAAACAAAAAAAACAGUUUUUGUUGUUCCUGUAAAAGACGUGAAACACAACUAGCUCUCUGCACAAACCCGAUAUCAAGACUUGAAAUGUCAGGUAGGAUUUCAACACCAUUGUAUGAGAAGAGUUUUCUUUUUCAUCUGUGUUUUUCCUCCAUUCAUCACAGCCCUCCUCCCCUCUCUGGGAAACUCCACCCUCUGAAACCCUGUGGAGUUGUUGUAUUUUGUCCGUCAAAGCUGCGGAAAUACUGAUGAAUAAAAGGGUAUCCAAUUUAAAA